AACAAUUUAAUUUUUGCUGUUUGCCUGUUGAAUUUGUUUUCCCUUGAGGUUACUGACAGAUCCAUAAGAAAAUAUUGCUUUAUUCAUUUCAUUAUCCAAUAAUAUACACUGUUUGGCCUCGGCUUGCAGCAAAUUUGGUUUUUUGGCCCUCAGUGUAUUUGACUUUGACAUCCCGGCUCUACAGUUUUAAACUACAACCCCUCAUUUAUUGUUUCACAUUAAAUAAUUCAGCUGUGCGGUUUGGGACCGCCUCCAUGAGCCGCUCUUAACCACCAAAUUUACUGAAUUUUGUAGUUAAAUGCCAUAUAACCUCUAAACCACAUGAGUCACACAAUAACCUAUUAAUCUGGGAAAAAAAAAAAUACUGAAUUUGUGUUUUUACUACCUGCACAGACAGAAGCAGAAACAUAAAUCUGAAUUAUUAAAAUUUCUGUUGGCUGGUAAACAUUUUGGAGUGUGUGUGUGUGCGUGCCUCUUUUAGCACAGGGCAUUCACACACCAUUAAUAAAGCACUCCAACUCAAAUUGCUACAUCAACUCAGAGAGCUGGAAAACAGAUGCUGCAUUUAGUUGAAUAAGUACAGCGUCGACAGAGGAGUUUCUUUAUGCUCUUCGCAGCGCCGACCAAUCGGGCCGAGAGCGUGUGUGAGAGAUGGAGGGCCAGUUUGAUCGAGCACUACAGCGGGAAUCCGGACCCCCAGCAGUAUUUGCCUCAGUGCGAACCGGAUGGAGAAUUCAGGCUGAUUCACGCUGAACGGCAGAGAUAAUUUCAGAUCUUCUGAUUGUGAUCACUCUGCGCUCUCAGUCCGGUCCAGUGUUACAUGGAGUCCACUUACUGCUGGUGUGUGGACCAGGAGGGCCGGGAAGUACCUAUGUACCCAUCACAUAUGAUAAUGAACAGCUUCUUCAUAGAUGUGUAGAUAAAUAUCGACUCAUGUUUGACCUGAGUAGAGCUUUUAUAGAACAGCUUCUUGCUUUUGUGAUCUUGAACUACUGUAAGCCAAACAGCGAAGAUGCGAAAGUGAAACUGUGAGGCAGCUUUUGUUUACUGUGCAAAGAAUAGUGCGACAGAGGACAGGUAAUAGUCAUGUUUCCUGUCCAGGAAGCAUACAGGAUGUAACCUUCAUACAUCCUGUAACCUUCAUACAAAUUGUAUAAAGGUUACAUUCACAAGGGACUGUCUAGACUAUGGUUCUCACCUUCCUUUCUUUUAUUUGUGAUUAAAUAAACUUUUCUUCUUGGCAUGAUGUAUUUUUUGAAAGGAAACUAAUUUUACCCAUCAUGACCGUUUUUAUUGUACCCAAAGUAUUGAUUGUACAUUCUGAAAAUUUUGAAAAAGACAGCCAUAUCAUUGUAUUUGUGUUCUGCAAAAAAUGAUUAAUAAUUAGUCUCAGAUUAAUAUAAUCUGUCUGUUUUUGUGAAUAAAUUUGAUGAAUCUUAAUAUAUAAAUCCGUAAUACCUCUGACAUUUGGUGACUUGCAGUGUUUGCAAAUAAAUUACAUUAAAAUAAUUUUGUCGUAGAAAAGUGUCAGUCAGGGGAAGAGCACAAAAAACUUCAAUAUCUACAAUGCAUAUCAUUAGCGAGCAGGAUUUUGAUCAUCUUAGUUUGACUUCCUGUACAUUCUGGUUUAAACUGUUUGUUGCACUAAGGGUAGAAAAAGUUAUGAACAUAAUGAUUUCAUUCUUAACGUCACAAAAGUCUGAACUUUAACUAGCUUUAAAAAAAAUAUUCUAUCCAGAGCUGAAAUUGAAUGAACUCGAUUUUAAAACGUUAGUUUUCUUCCGUUUCCUUUUUCUAGUAGUACAAUUAACAACAGUGGAAACACGUUUCUGCUUGUAUAUACUUCAUCAAAACUAUUAGCAUUUGCAGGAGGGUCUGUCGACUCCCCGUAAUCACAAACAGGAAGUAAACCAACCGCAUAUGUUGUGGUAUAAAACUCAGAACAUACAGAAGCUGAACAGAAUUGGACGCUUCAUCUGACUACCAACAAGAUGUCUAACAGCUUUAGAGUAUUUUUUUUUGUUCUGUUUUCUAUCAUACUGAUUGUUCCUCUGGAUGCUGAUGAUGAUGAAUGCACGACCGAACUAAGAGUUCGUCGGAACACGAUUUAUGAAGCGUCUCUAGGACAAGAACUCAGGAUUGAAUGUCCACUUGUUUUCUGUGACAAUUUACUACCAACAAUCUGCUGGUCUAAAGUUGAGGAAGAUCAUAUUUGUCUCAAUAAGAACAAUAACAAUCACAUUAAGACAGAAUGGAAAAUAUCAAAUCCGCCAAAAGGGAUUUUCUACUUGAUAUUUCAAAGCAUCAUCAGCAGUGAUUCAGGUGGAUAUCAGUGUAAAGGUGGAGGCAGUUUGAGUCACAUCAUCUACAUCAAUAUUCAUGGGACUAAUGAGGACACAACCACAGAGAAAGCAACGACUAAUGUCACAAAUGAUCAAUCUGAAACUGGACCAGCUGACAGGUUUUUGAUGUUUUCGUACUCUACUGCAGGGAUUGGCUCCUUUGUCAUCGUAGUGUUUAUUAUUUCUAUAAUAUGCAUGCGAGGAUCUAAAGGAAAAUCAGAUGGUACAGAGAUCCAGUACUCACCAACACAGGGGGACGUAAAGAAGGCGGAGGAAUUCACUUCUGUUGUGUACAAGGUCUGUCAGGAAGGAAAGGUCCUCGGCCGCUGAGACAGACAGAGGAGACACAGCUGUACGUUUGGUUUAAUGACUGAAAGCAUCUAUAAGCAUCUACUCUUUCCACAAAUUCCCCUUGAAGUCUAUGUCUGGACUUUGACUGCUCCGUUCUAUCCAAUGAAUAUGCUUUGAUCUAAACUGUUCCUGCUCUGGUUGCUUGUUUAAAGUUGUUAUCCUUCUGGAAGAUGAACUUCCACUUCAGUCUCAAGUCUUUCUCAACCUACAUGUAGUCUGUUUUUCUUCAUUAAUAAAC